UUUUUUUUCAUUCAUUAUCAUGACCUAUUUGGUUUUUUACAAAUUACCACCACCGAUUGUCAUUCAUGCUUUACCAUUAGUGUUACUCUACCUUAUUGUACUAUGUUUGGACUAUGUGUUACUUUGUUACCAUCGUCGAUCCAUCAUGCGAGUAACUUUACCCAUGAAAGCCUCUCAUCAUUGGCUUCUCUGGCUUAUCGCUACAUAUCAUAUCAUUCUUCCACUGAUUGUUGUGUCCCAUUCACAACCUUUGAAUGUAUUUUUCACGGCUGGUCCCAUCUACAUGGCAUCCUUCACAGCUCAUCUCCCUUCAUACAAACUCCUGUCUAUUCCUCAUUGGAUCAAAGCAUUGUCAACGGAUCUUUUGGAUACUAAUCAAGAUGGCCUUCCUCGUGUACAUGGUUUGGCCAAAGUGGCGCGUGGGAUCUUCAAACUAUCUUUGAUCUACUCUGUACUGGAUCCAUGGUUUCUAUCUUCUGUCAAUGACAACCUGCUGUUGACUUUGCAAUACCCAUGGUAUUAUCCUCAAAGUUUGCAAUACAAUCUCGUGUUGGGCAUCAAAGCAUAUUGUCUCCUAGGUGUAGUGGAUAUCUUCUUGGGUGUGGAACAAGUCAUCUCUGGUGUACGAUUUAUUGAUCUCUUCCAUUCCCCUAUUCUGUCUUCUUCUCCUCGUGAUUUUUGGUCAAGACGGUGGAAUAUGGUAGUACGCAAUCAGUUUCAUCAUCAAGUGUUUAUGCCUAUGCAAGCAGAUAUGUACAACAAUAAAGAAAAGACAACAUCACAACCCAUCCAUCCACAACAAAAGAAAGGAUUCUGGUCAUCAAAAAAUGGACGUGGACUUGUGGUAUUCAUGCUUAGUGGGGUUCUUCAUGAACUGAUUAUUUGGAGUACUUGUAGAGAAAUAACACUUGAAAAUUUUACCUUCUUUACGUUACAUGGUAUAGCAGUAUUGGUGGAAACAAGUGUGACAAGGAAACAGAGAAGAACGAAUACAAUGGAAUUGCUGUGGUGCAGGCUCGCCUACUUUACUUUUAUGACCUUGACAGCUCGACUCUUUUUGGCUCCCUUUGUGCGACAUGAUUAUUUGACUCCAUUAUCAAUCACGUUUAGUUUUACUUAGAUAUAUAUAUAUAUAUAGAAUUAGAUUUUGAUAUAUGAUUUUAAAUAAAAUGAUAUUCCAUUGAUUUUUUU